AUGGUCUAUGGCACAAAUUUCAGCUUAGACCUAUCCAAGGAUAAAUUAAAUCACAGGAAAAUUCAGCUUUGGGAAAAUUUGGGUCACGCCGCCAAUCAGAUUUGGGCACUCAGCGAGCGAGCUUCCAUUAAAGAUCAGCACACUUACAGGCUCAAAAAUUGUCGGGGAGGCACUGCUAUCGACCUCUCGGGGAAUGAUAACCACUCCAUCAUCGGUUUUACCCCCCAUGAUGGCUCCAACCAGGCGUGGACCUUCCAGCGUGAUGGAGACCAGACCGGGUGGUUCAUAAAGUCUUGCCGCACUGAAAAAUAUCUUGGGAUCGAAGGCAACCCCAAAAAUGGCCUUGCAGUCAUUGCUGUAUCAAACCCCUUCAAGUGGGAUAUCGAAGACUCGGACGUCAAGAACGCUAAAGGCAUCAGGAUAUUGGUCCAUGGCACGAAUUUCAGCCUAGACCUAUCCGCCUCAGACCACACAAAAAUUCAGCUUUGGGGAAGUGGCGCUGGUGACAAUCAGAUCUGGGAACUUACCGAGCGGGUUUCCAUCGAGGAUCAGCACAUUUACAGCCUCGAAAAUCGUCAGAGAGGCCCUGAAGACCAAGGCACUGAUCCAAAGGCAUGUUUCCAUCCUAUGAUCGUAUAA